AUGGUCCAGCUUUCGAAAUUCCUCACUGUUGCAGCUGCAUUCCUGGUGGCUCCUGCCAUCGCCCACCCAGGAGAGAAACACGACCCCCACGUCCUGAAGAAUGAGAUCCAUACCCGGGAUGCCAUGGCCGCCCACGCUAAGCGAUCCCUCAAUGCUUGCGAGAGCAGUCCCGCCGCGCACCAGUUGAACAAGCGUAGCAUCGCCCGUCGCUCGAACACUGUCCAGAAUCUCCGCCAGAAGCGCGGAAUCACUUCUAGUUCCCAGAAAUGGCGCCGUGACCUUGCUGCUCUCGAGAAGUGGGAGGCUAUCGACCACAACCGCACUGACAUUCUGGAUUACAGUCCUGCGACUCCGGAGUCAGUUGUCUUUGGUGCUAACACCAGCUUCGUUCUGACGCCCACUGUCACGGACGGUCCCUACUAUGUCUGGGGUGAGGUCGUGCGUCAGAAUGUCAAGGAAGGGCAGUACUCGGAAGGUGUGGAUGUCUUCCUCGAGGUUCAGUACAUCGACGUCAACACCUGCAAGCCCGUCCCUAGAGCCAUCGUCGAUAUUUGGCAAGCCAAUGCCACCGGUGUCUACAGUGGAAUCUCAGAGUCGGGCAACUACGCCGCAGAUGGCUGGGACUCCACCUACUUGCGUGGCAUCCAGCAGACGGACCACGACGGCGUCGCAACCUUCGAAAGCAUAUUCCCAGGCCACUACGAUGGCCGAGCCACCCACACCCACCUCCUCACCCACCUGAACGCAACCCUCCUCCCCAACAAAACCCUCAAGGCCGACACCGGAAGCGUCGCUCACAUCGGACAGCUGUUCUGGAAUGAGGUGCUCCGUACUGCCGUUGAAGAGACGUCCCCCUACAACACCAACAGCCAGGCUGUCACCUCCAACGCCGAGGAUAUGUGGAGUAUCUUGCAAGCUGAUAACGCUUACGAUCCCUUCCCUGAGUACAUUUACCUCGGCGAGGGCUUGGACGAUGGAUUAUUCGCUUGGAUUCAGAUUGGAAUCAACACCACCGCCGAUUACACCGAUCACUCGUACUACAAUAUUGCCGCGUACCACUAUGCUGAUGGUGGUUACCAGAACUCUGAUAGCUCGAUUGGUGGCGGUAGCGGUGGUGGUGCCUCUGGUUCUCCUCCUAGUGGUACCGCUAUGCCUAGUGCAUCUGCCUCGUCUGCUUAA